AUGUUGCAGUACCCAGUCCAGCUCCCCCCACUCUCCCUGUCCUCCUCAAAGCGUCCUCCAGCCGGUAGAGACAGAGACCACGACGAUCGGCGCAAUGGCCACCUCAGACUCGCAAAGCUCGCCCCUCACGACCCCCGCAUCGUCGUCGCCCAUCGUCCCCCUACCCUCCCCGUGACCCCAAUCUCCAUCCCCUCUGCUCUAUCUCCCGCCUCCUCGGCCUCGGCCUCCACCUACCCUUCCCCAUUGCCCUCGCCCGUCUCCCAUCCGGCAAAGCUCAUCCAUCGCUCUUCUUUUACUUCUUCGCCUCGGCAGCUCCCUAGUCCCGUCGCUCGCUCUCCCCAUCCCCUCCGCUCGAACCUCCCGUCAUUUGACGGCCGCUCUAUCUCAAGCGGUCACUCCUCGGUCUCUUCGAGUACCGUUGACGUCCUAUCUCAGGGCGAUCUGGUUGGAGAGGGUCUAUCAUUGCAGGGCGAGACCAUCACACGGGUCCCGAUCAGCUCAUCUGACCCGCGGGUCGACCACGAUGAACCGGCGAAGGAGUUUGAGGUCGUAAGGAAGCUCGGUACAGGCAGUUACGCUGUCGUGUAUCUUGUGCGCGAAGUACUCUCGCGUCCUCAGUCUUCUGAUGACGGCCAUGUCGCUGCAUUCGGGCGCAUGGACCUAGAUGAUGGAUCGUACGGCAACUAUUCAACGGAGUACGGUCGGGAAUAUGCUAUCAAAGUGCUGUCCAAGGCGAACCUCGACGAGGAUGCGCUUACGGCCCAGCUAUUCGAGGCUACCAUACAUCAGUCCCUCCCGGCACACCCCAACAUCGUCACUCUUCACCGCACUCUCGAGACCCCUUCCUUCUUGCUUCUCUUACUCGAGUUUGUCCCCGGUGAAGACCUGUUUUACUUUCUCGAACAAGCUCGCGACCAUUACGAAAUCGACCCAUCGACAACCGACACAUCGACCUCGCCAAAUUCGGACUCAAGCUGCCUCUCCCAAACGCCGCCAACCCCAAGCCUUCUUUCUUCCCUCGCCCCUUCGCAGCUCCUUUCGCGCACGCGCCUCCGCCUUAUCGCAUCUAUGUUCUCACAGAUGUGUGACGCGGUCGCCACAUGUCACGAACACUCUGUGUUCCAUCGGGACAUCAAACCCGAGAACUUCAUUGUUACCGACGGGUGGAUCAAGCAUCCUGACGGACGGUCAGAGCGCAAGGUUGUCGUCAAGCUCACUGACUUCGGCCUGUCCACCACCGAUAUCGAAUCGGCAGACAUGGAUUGUGGUAGCGCGCCAUACAUGAGUUUCGAAUGUCGUAAUAACAUACAUCCUACUUAUUCACCGCGAGCUGCCGAUGUCUGGUCACUUGGUAUCGUGCUUAUCAAUAUGUUGUACCAUUAUAACCCUUGGACGGACACCACGCAAGGCGUGUGCUCGUCUUUCGAGCUCUACUGCCAGCAACCCGUCAAUUUCUUCAUGCAGCGUUUCUCCGGCAUGACCCUUCCCGUUGCUCAGUUCCUGGCCAAUAAUGUCUUCUGUCUCCUCGACGACCACAAGGACGAUUCCAAGCGGAUUUCCGCCCGUGCCUUUGGUAACUGGAUCAAGGACCUGCCCAACCUCUUGGGCGGGCCUUCGAUCCGUGGACAUACUCGCAACAUCUCCAUCGCCUCUGUGCAGGGCCACCGCCUUUCUUCCAUUCCUCACUCCCGCCGUCCAUCCGUUCGGAACUCUAUCGUCGCUGGCGAGGGUAUGUCCCGUCGUACCUCUCGCAACCUCUCACGUGCUCCAUCUUUGGGUCCUGCGUUCGAGCACAAGCAUGAGAGUCCUAUCACGCUCCCGCCUGUCCCCGACGGCGAGACUGAGCAAGAGAACGCUAUGGACUUCCUUCAUGACCAUCACGACCAGCACGACCACGACGCCGAAGCGGAGGUGGAGGGCGAGUCAGGCUCCCGCUCGACCUCCACUCACAAGCGACGCAAGCGCGGCGCUCGCAAGGGCAAGGGCACGACAGCGACGUCCCCGACGAGUCCGUCGUCGGCGCACGACGUUACCCUCGAGACGCUCGCACAAGCCUCGCAAGCGCUUGCUCGCGAGAUUUCCCGCACUUCGCGACACUCGGCCACCACCCCAGUGUCCGCCACUUCGGACGUUCGUCCAGUUCCGUAUCCUAUUUCUCCUGGUAUGGCAUUGCCGCCAAUCGCUCUUCUUAAUGCUUCCGUCCCUCCUUCUCUUACGUCUCUCGGUUCUUCUACGCCAUCGAUCUCCAAGAAGUCGUCGAAGUGGAAGCUGUCCUUCGGCAAGAACAGUGCCAACGCCGCUGCUGGUGCGAAAUCGUUCGCGGCCGAAGAUGGCCCCAGUACUCCCGAGGUACCGGGUGCAGGUGGUAAGCAGAUGUCCGCGACCGCAAGCAACGUCACGAAUCUGCUCAUGAGCCUGAAUGCCCCUCCCGUACCUUCUGCCGCCUUUGGCGAGUACGACGAUACGGGUUCGUGGAACCGCGGUCGCCGUCCCAAGAACGGGCCGUAUGCUGCCAGCCCGAACGCGAGCAGCACAUGGGGUCCCUCCUCCGGCUCUCCGUUCCGGUCGUCGCAGGCUCGCGGAAGCCCGGAACGACGCUAUGGCGGCCCUAUCGGCAACACCGGGGACAAGAGAUCCGAGCGCGGGAUCUCGCCGUCGAGCACCCGGAGCGGGCGGCCGUUGGCGUCGAGCGCGAGUUCGAUGGCGUCGAGCAACUGGCGCAGCUCGAUGUCGAGCGCGGGCACGUCGACCUCGGCGUUCACGCGCUACAGCAACAACAGCACGCGCUCGGUAUCGACGGCGGCGACGAGCGUGUCGUCGCAGAGCUGGCGCAGCCAAGGCAGCAAGGUAUCCCAGGACCCUGCCCACGCGCAGAUGCCUGCGAACGUCAAGUUUGUCACUGGUACUCCAUGGGAGCUGUACCAGCUGCCUCGCCAGAUGUACCCGAAUCCCGACGACGCAAAGUUUGGCGGCCCGCCUCAGCGCAAGCGCCGGGCGAACAAGCCGAAGGACCUCACGUUGGACACGAUCACGGAGCGUCCGCCGCAUCCCAAGUCUCCGCUUGGCCUCGGCCAACGCCAGGAUGCGGCGACGAGCACCACCGACCUUGGUGGCGACGGUGGCAACCGAGACCGAGAGGGCGGGGACUCGCAUGAUGGGACGCCGCGGAAGGUGCAGAAGGGACAGAUCAACGCUCUCGCGAAGAUGCUGUCUGCCCUUCGCCGGUGA